UUCCGAUGAGUUUUUCGUUGGAGCAACUCUUCGGUUAUUAUUGGGACUACAAUCUGACUUGUUGCCGCUUAUUGCUGCGAUUACCGAUAUGGCGAUAUAAUUAGUUGCGCGGAUGAAUCAGAUUCCAUGGCUUGUACGCCACGCGGCAUCGAUGCUAUUGUUAUAUUUUGCAUGAGAAAGAUCGCUGUGCACAAAGGGCCAGCGGCAAUACAGAUACAGGAAGUCGUUGCUCUGCACCUGUCCGACCGAUUUUCGUCGACAUCGCGCGGCGUUAUGUCGCAAUUACUCAUCCACGAUAAUGUCCACCAAUACUUGAGAUCUUAGCAGCAGGGAAAAAUCAUCCUUACUGGAAUUCCCAGUGACUCCGAGCACUGAAUGCUCCCGUGUAUCAUCUCGAAGUUAUGUUUUUACAAUUGAUACAGAUAGUUUACUCAUUACGUUUGCUAGUGAAACAGAUUUUCGCAUCUUUCACUCGUACAUAACAAGGCUCAAGAUGGGAAAAGGCGUAUCGGCAUUUAAUGAACGAACGGAAGAAUCCUCGGCGAUGCAGUAUUUCCAAUUUUAUGGCUACUUGUCGCAACAGCAAAACAUGAUGCAGGAUUACAUCAGAACCAGCACGUACCAACGAGCGAUCCUCGGCAACUUGUCCGACUUUAAGGACAAAAUAGUGCUAGACGUUGGAGCUGGAUCUGGCAUAUUAUCAUUCUUUGCUAUACAAGCGGGCGCGAAGAAAGUGUACGCGGUAGAGGCGAGCAAUAUGGCGAAUCACGCGGAACUACUAGUUGCAGCUAAUAAUUUAUCGGACAAAAUCGUAGUGAUAGCUGGCAAGAUAGAAGAGAUCGACUUGGCGGAACGUGUAGACUGUAUAGUGAGCGAGCCUAUGGGAUACAUGUUGUAUAAUGAAAGAAUGCUGGAAACUUAUUUACACGCGAAGAAGUGGCUAGUUCCGGGUGGGAGGAUGUUUCCCUCCAGAGGUGAUCUGCAUAUUGCGCCAUUUUCGGAUGAAAAUCUUUACAUGGAACAGUUCAACAAAGCCAACUUUUGGUAUCAAACGUGUUUCCAUGGAGUGGAUCUCUCUGCCAUGAGAAACAACGCCAUUAAGGAAUACUUCAGGCAGCCGAUUGUCGAUACUUUCGAUAUUAGAAUAUGUAUGGCGAAAUCGGUGAGGCACAUAGUAGACUUCCAAACAGCUGAUGAGACUGAUUUACAUAAAAUAGAAAUAGAUGUCGAUUUUCAUAUACUGGAGAGUGGCACUUGCCACGGUCUAGCCUUUUGGUUCGAUGUAGCAUUUAUCGGAUCGACGCAACAAGUUUGGCUGAGUACAGCUCCUACAGAACCUCUCACUCAUUGGUAUCAAGUGCGCUGCCUCCUGGAAAACCCGUUGUUUUGUAAAAGUGGACAGCUGCUCUCUGGGAAAGUAAUUCUUAUAGCGAAUAAAAGACAAUCUUAUGACGUAACAAUAGACCUGAAACUUGAGGGAACGAAUUUGGAAAGCAGUAGCAACACUUUAGAUUUGAAAAAUCCUUACUUUCGGUAUACGGGUGCCGCAGCACAGCCACCACCUGGUUUGAACAACACCUCGCCUAGCGAGGCCUAUUGGACAACCCUGGAUGCACAAGGUGCUCGACAAGCGGUGAAUAUGGUUAACGGCAUGUCGGUUAAUGGCCUCGGCGAAGUCUCGAUGGAUACGAGUACGGCCGUAAAUCCAAAUAAUUUGCUGGCAAUAGGCGGGCAACCGAACAUACAUCCCGGAUCCAUCUCGAGUACUGGGCGGGGUCGUGUAGGAGGUACUGCUACGAGCACACAAGCAGCACAGUUGAUAGGCGGUGGAAUAACUCCAAACAUGUUCACAUCACCCGCCACUCUUGGUGUUACUUUCCAGCAAUCGCUGGUCCUUGGCAACACUUCUCAUUAUCCAGUGAACCCCAGCCUGAUGAUCGGCGACUACGUGACUCCUGGGAACGGCAUAUCGCCACAAGCGUAUCGGCAAUGAUCUAUGGCAAGAUCAUUCCUCGUUGAAUAUUCUCGCAAAGUAAAACAGUUACAGAGCGAGCGUAAUAGCUGUAGCAGUAUUGGCGACACCGGCAACAACAGUAAGCAAAGCCGCAAACUGGUAUUUAGCUCCCCAGCCAGUAAGCUUCGACUCUCGUCCGCCGUACGAAUCUUAAGUACCGUCGACUUGGCCAGCUUCAGUUCGGAUUUGAGUCACAGCGACGUUGUUUAUUCAAACAAAAGUAACACGUUCGACUCUGGGUUUGCGUUCGACUGGAAUCAGGCAAGAAAUAAUAUGUAUCAGUGGAAGGCACGUUGGAAAAGAUUGCGAGCCGUCCUCUCGUAGUUGUCAUUAGUCUCGUGCGAUUAACUUUUCAUUUAGUCAUCCUUCAGAAAGAAAAGGAAAAAAAGGAUGAUCUUCCAGAUCGACGUGCAUGCUUGCCAAAUAUACCUAUGAGAAUAUGAUAUUUUUUAAUGACAAUAUAUAUACAGUCGGCGUUGUAGUAUAGGCAUCACUAUUUUACGAGGUCUUAACACGAAUCUGUGUGCGAAACGAUGAUUUAUUACGUAAGAAGGAACCGAGAACGAUCAUAUUGUGACUUGUUUCAUUUUAAUUCGGUGAACUGAAAUAUUUUAGAAUCGACUGUAUUUUCUCUCUCUCUCUCUCCCUCUCCUCACUCUCUUUCUCUCUCUCUCUCUCUUUCUCUUUUCUCGCACGAAGACGGUGUACUUUACUGAGCUGCGAGAUUGGCUUAGUUGGGUUUCGAUAUCAAGUGACUUUUACACGAAUUUUUAGAAUAGGACAGAACAAUGUUUCGAACAUUUUGAGAAGUGCAAAAAGCAAUAAUACAUUAGGCAUACGUUGUAGAGCACUCUGUGGCAUUACCUGUUAAUCGGAUCGUCUCCGUGUUUUUUUUUUUUAUAUAUAAUAUUAUUGUAUUUCUUCCCUCUUUUCUUUUUUAAUUUCUUUAGCAUGACAAUACACGAGGAAGUACAACUUUUUUACGAAUAUGAUUGACAUGGCGUAUAUUUCAAUUUCAUGUAAUCCGUAUCGAGAUAUUUUAAACUGUUCAAUGAGUAUUGGCAUACUCAUGUUUUGUAGGAAAAUUGUAUAUAUCUAAAUGUGUUUGUGAUAAAUCAUGGAAUACUUCAUUUAAAAACAAGGAAAAAGAGUAAUGACGACGACUACUGUUGGUCAAACACGAUAUGACAUACGAAAUCACCUGAAACCUCGAGUUAUGUUGCCAUAGUGUGUAAGUGUAGCUACAGAUUUAUUACAAAUGUAUCGCGCGGAAGAAGGUUGUCCGAGUGGAAUCUUAUAAUUUUAUAUAAGAUUAUCUGUAACUUAUAAGAUUAGCUUCACAUUACACUUAAUUUUCCUUUUUUUUUUUUUACAUGUAUUUUGUAGUCGCGAGAAAUGUCUUUCGAAUGAUUCUCAUCGCGCGAGCGUUGUUUAUAAAUUAAAGCAGACUCAAUAGCCCCACGCAUCGUCAUGUGUCGGAGCUAUUCGCGACGCGUUCUCGUUUUCUUUGUCCCCGUAAUAUGCGUAAUUUAAAAGUGAGUAGCGCGUUUAUAUGUCGAGACACGUUUCUUUUUAUGUCCUUAUCGCGCGCAUAUAUACUUUGUAUCACGCGAUAACAGCGGAGUAACGGAAUCUUUGAAGAUAGACAUUUUCCGCAUUGAUGAUUUGUACACGUAAGAAGUGAUGCUUGGAAACUUAUCCAUGUUCCCUGUACUCAUAAUAAUGUGAUGAAGUAAAAAAAAGGAAAUAUACGGCCAUAAUGACUUUUCAUCGUCUUUAACCCUUUCCACUCAUGGAUUGUGAUACGACGUAGUUGUAGAAUUCGGCAUCUGCCCAGACAGAUUGUAAGUACGAAAGAAGUACGAAAAAACUAGUAGCAGUUGCGUUGAUAUCGCACCGAAAUUAUGUUUGAUCAAAUUCACGUUAGCGAUUAUCGUUUGCGAUCUCGUGAUCUCGUUGAGUCGACGAAAAUAGAUUUGAGUGUAAAGGGUUAAAUUGUUAAACUACUAUUUUACAUACAGUCUCUUACACACAAGGCGAACACAUCCUCGGAUGUGUCUCGUAACACGGCGAUAUCCACGUCGCGUUAAGACUUUUUUUUUUAUUCCGGCAAAUAGAUGUGAGAGUUGUGGCAUGGAAUUAAUUGUAUAUACACAUGUAUUCUCUCGAAUCACAUUUCUAUGUAUCGUUUAAGUACGCAGCAGCCAGAUCUCGGGAGGAGAAUCUAGAAGUCUAAUUAGUUCCUAAGGAAGUUACACGCAACAUUUUAUUUGCUAUCUGCACAUGCUUGCCAUCCGAUCAUGCCUCGUGAUUACUUCAUCGCCGGUGAAUAAUGCAUAACGAUUAUUUCUGCAGCAACUUAUGCGCGAUGUUCCUUUCCUUCUGUUCCUCGAAAAAAGGAAACGAAAACCCGAAAAAGAGAUUUCGAGAAGCUCCUCGAUGCGAGACGCGAGAAUCGUACGCGCGGAUACACUUGAGCGCGCAAUGCACUAAUUAUACUUGUAAUCAAAGCUAGGUAGUUUGUACUUACCCACGAGAACAUUGGUAAAUUGCGUGAAUACUUGCGAGGAACGCGUGAGCGCGGCAUUGCGACAACUUUUCUCGAUGAAGUGUGUCUAGAAAGUCAGAGAAGAGGGAGGAAUCGUAUCGCUUGUUAAUGCGCGCAUUUGAAACAAACCAAUCUCGUGACAGGCAUUCCACAAGUGCUACGAAUAUUGCAUGAUUUGUUGUAAUAAUUAAUAUAAGGACAUUCGCUUCUGUCGUUUCUUUGGCGUCGAGAGCAACAUCUAAUGGGAAUAUAGCUUUCCUUACAUCGGUCCUUCCAUCUCUCGCAUAUCACACUGAACGUCGGGAAUUCAACGGCAAUAUUAAGACUGGGAGAACACGGAAAAAUAUAAAUAGUAACGAUUAAACAGUAAGCAAAUUGUCACAGUCGAUGAUUCUUCUUUGAUCCAAGAAAUUCGACACAACCGAUUAGUCAAUCUUCUUACUACUUAAGUUUUACCGCUUACGUUUUUCUGCGUUUUUCUAUCCGCUUGCACUGCAAAUCCAAGUGUGUUAUUUUGACCGAAUCUCAUUUUACACAUUUCUUGCAGUUUUUAAGUCGUUUGACAUAUUAAAACUAUCAAAUUCUAACAGUAAGAAACGUGUAGGAAGAGCUUCAAUCAGAUUACAACACGUUUACGCGUUAAAAAAUAACACACUUGGAUUCGCGACGUAAGGACGACAGCGGGAUGAUAUUUGUUAUCCGCUACGUUUCCAGAUAUUGCUCUUGUUGCCAUGUGAGUGUGUGCGUUUUUCCUUUUGUACUGUUUAGAAUAUCGAAUAUAUAAGACUGGUAAGCCGCUCCGACAAACAUACACGCCCGUACAUAUCUUAUCCCAGUUGCGUCUGCCGUGGUUUGUUAUCCCGUCCUCAUGUCGCGUGUUCUCUUUCGAGAUGUCGUACUGUUUUGCACAAUUGGUACACAUCAAAUCCCAUUGAGGCGUGUAUUGUCUCUUCUGAGACAAAUGAUCUAUUAUCCAUUUCAAUUAGACUGCUAGAACGUUUGAUCGAUUUCCAAACUGGGGUACACUUCGUUAGUUAGCUUUCCCUCGUGUGUGUUUACGGGCGGUAUGUUCGAGUAUAUUAUUAAUAGUCCAGCAGCGUUACAUAGAAAUCUGUGCGUUUCAACGACUGAAAGCUAUAUAAGAACUAUCUAUAUAAGAAACUCAGGUAGCUUACGCGAGUUCGAAGGAGAUGCCUUUACUGCACCAAGUGUGUUUAGGUUCGAUUACAAGUUCGUUUUCUUGUUCGCCCGCGAGAAGUUUGCUCGAUUCGGCAUAUACAGAUACACAGGUUCUCGUUUGCGGUCCGUGUCCCAGUCAAGCAUAAGAAUGCUUUUACCAAAACAUUGUAUAAUCGCAUAAAAUCAGAAUCAUACAAAUAUAAUCUAUAGUGUAA